AUCCGCUCCACUCUUCGCAUCCCCUCCUGACAAAGCAAAGCACUCAGGUAUCCUGAAUCCGCUACGGCACUAGUAGCGGCUGCCAAGCUUAAGCUUUAGGGCGAUCGAUGGCGCGGUCGAGGGGGUUCGCCGUCCCAGCGGUGCUGCUGCUGCUGCUGCUGCUGCUGCUGGCAGUGGCCUCGGCGUCGGCGGUGGGCGUGGCGGCCAAGGCGAACGCCCACGACGUCGCGGAGGAGGAGUCGUGGACCGACUGGGCCAACGACAAGAUCUCCGAGGGGCUCGGGCUCAAGCACGUCGACGAGGAGGAGGCCGCGCGCAAGGCCGGCCACACCGCCGAGUCCGCGCGCGAGUCCGCCCAGCACGCCGCCUCCGAGGUCGGGAAGAAGGCAGGCGACGCCAAGGACGCGGCGGGGGAUGCCGCGGCGGGCGCGUCGAGCAAGGCCGGCCAGGCCAAGGAUCAGGCCAAGGAGACGGUGAAGGGCGCGGCCGGCGAGGCGUCCACCAAGGCGGGGUACGCCAAGGACAAGACCAAGGAGGCGGCCGAGACGGCGACCCAGAGCGGCGCCGAGGCGCACGAGCGCUCCAAGCAGGGCAAGGCCAAGGUCGAGGAGGCCGCCAAGGACAAGGCCGGCAAGGCGCACGAGACGCUGCGCCAGACCACGGACGCGGCGGCGGAGAAGGCCGGGACGGCCAAGGACGCCGCGUGGGAGACGACGGCCGCCGCCAAGGACAAGGCUGCGGCGGCCAAGGACGCCGCGGUCAGUAAAGCCGGCGCGGCCAAGGACGCGGCGUGGGAGACGGCGGAGGCGGCCGGCAACAAGGCGCAGCAGUCCAAGGAGGCGGAGAAGGCGGCGUCGGCCAAGGACGCGGCGUGGGAGACGGCGGAGGAGGCCGGCAAGAAGGCGCAGCAGUCCAAGGAGGCGGCCAAGGGGAAGGCGGCGUCAGCCAAGGACGCGGCGUGGGAGACGGCGGAGGCGGCCAAGGAGAAGGCCAACCAAGGGUACGAGAAGGUGAAGGAGAAGGCGCGGGAGACGGCCGACGCGGCCAAGGAGAGGAUCGAGGAGACCAAGGAGAAGGUGACCGGCGCCGACGGCGACAGCAGGGAGAAGCACCGGAGGGCGGACGUCGACGCCACGGGCAAGCACCGGACGGUCGACGAGCUGUGAGCAGCUCGGAGCCGACACUCGACUCGACUCGAUCGAUCAAAUCUUUCUUUCACACUCCAUGCCAUAGCUCCUGUUCAUGAUGUUUUCAGUGUGUUUGCUCUUAGUUUUUCACACAGCUGUGCACUUCUUGUUCCAGCCAUGGUGCUGUUCCUACUUUGUAUAAUAAUCUGAUAAUGUGCAGACAUGCUUCUUUCACUUCAAAA